CGUUGUUUCCACAAACAUGCUCCUCCGUCGCGCCGCCGCGUCCAAACUCUUCCGACGAAAUUCCACCAGCCAAAGCGCCCUAAGAUCGCGAUACUUCAGUGACGAUGUCUUCUCGGCCCCUCGUGAAGGAAUGGACUAUGACGUGUUGCUUGUCGGCGCGGGUCCCGCGAGUUUGUCUGCCGCGAUCCGCAUUAAGCAGCUCGGUUUGGAGAAGGGCACGGACCUUUCUGUGUGUGUGGUAGAAAAGGGAGCUGAAGUCGGAUCCCACAUCAUCUCAGGAAAUGUGUUUGAGCCCCGCGCGUUGAACGAAUUGAUCCCAGACUGGAAAGAAAGGGGCGCACCGCUCGAUACCCCCGUGACCGACGACCGAUUUCUUGUCAUCUCGAAGGACAGUUCGUGGAAGUUGCCGAGUUUUAUGCUCCCUCCUCAACAGCAUAACCACGGCAACUACGUCAUUAGUUUGGGCAAGUUGACUCGGUGGUUGGGUGCGCAAGCUGAAGAAUUGGGUGUGGAAAUCUAUCCCGGUUUUUCCGCUUCAGAAGUGCUGUAUCGCGAAGAUGGCGGUGUGCGCGGGAUCGCGACGCGCGAUGUUGGUAUCAACAAGGACGGCACGCCCAAGGAAACAUUUGCCCGCGGUAUGGAACUCCGUGGUCGCGUGACGCUGUUUGGCGAAGGUUGCCGUGGGUCAUGCAGCGAAGAAGUCAUGGGUAAAUUCGACCUCCGCAAGGACGCGCAGCCGCAAACCUACGGUCUUGGUAUCAAGGAGGUGUGGCGUAUUCCCAAGGAGAAGCAUUCUGCAGGAUUGGUGCAGCACACGUUGGGCUGGCCACUCCAGUCAUCGUUGUUUGACAAGACAUUUGGCGGAUCCUUUCUCUACCACAUGGACGAAGACUUGGUGCAAAUCGGUGUUGUGGUCGGUCUCGACUACGAAAACCCUUACUUGAACCCAUACGAAGAGUUCCAGCGCUUCAAAACCCAUCCUGCGAUCCGCAGUCAUUUGGAUGGCGGCGAAUGCAUUGCGUACGGCGCGCGGGUGCUGAACGAAGGCGGCUACCAUGCCAUUCCCAAGCUGACGUUCCCUGGAGGCGGGCUCAUUGGGUGCUCGGCCGGAUUUUUGAACAGCAUCAAGAUCAAGGGGUCGCACACGGCAAUGAAAUCGGGGAUGUUGGCGGCUGAAGCCGCGUUUGAAGCGUUGACGUCGAGCGGGUUAGAGCCUGUUGCGGUAUCUGGCGCUAUCGACGAGAACGAACCAGUGAUCGACAUCUCGAGCUAUGAAACAAAGAUUCAAGGGUCGUGGGUGUACGAAGAACUCAAGAAGGUGCGCAACACGCAUCAGUCCUUCCAUUGGGGUGCCCUUCCCGGCGUGUUGUAUUCUGGGUUGAGUGCGUUCAUCUUAAAUGGCCAUGAACCGUGGACGCUCGGUAACGACAAAUCCGACUCGGCCAAGACCAAGCCGGCCAAGGACUUUUCGCCGAUCGAGUACCCAAAGCCAGACGGCGUCCUUACCUUCGACCUGCUCUCGAACUUGCAACGCAGCGGCACGAACCACGCCGACCAACCCGCGCAUCUACGUAUCAAACCCGGCAAAGAAAACGUUCCGUCGAAGGAGUCGCUUCCUGUGUUUGCUGGUCCUGAACAGCGAUUCUGCCCCGCCAAGGUGUACGAGUACACUGACGGCAGCGAAGAUGGAGCGAAUGGCGUGCCGCAGUUGGUGAUUAACGCACAAAAUUGCGUUCAUUGCAAGUGCUGCUCGAUCAAGAUGCCCCAGGAAUACAUUAACUGGACUGUCCCCGAAGGUGGCGGAGGCCCUGCCUAUGAGGUGCUGUAAUCUGAUGGCAACGAAACCAUGUCGAAUGCUUGAUAUGUAAUCGUCCGAGAUUGGCUUCCCAUUUAUAAAGAUUCAACUGAACAGUUUGUGUCCAUGCCGUCCAUGGAUGAAGUGAUGCGAGAAUGGUCCUGGGAAGUACUCG